AUGCCCUCCCUGUUUGAGAGUACCAGCAAGAAUUUGGUCAAGGAGCUUGGAGACAGAGACCUGAGACCUGUCAGAUUCCUGCUGAAUGCCAACAAAUAUUGUCAGCUUGCGCUAUUACGGAAGAGGAAGAGUCACUCACAGUUCUGGGAACAACCAGAUGUCCCAGUUGAAUACACCCUCGUGGACAUCCUGGAGCCAAGUUCUUCAGUCCCAGAAACUGUUGUGACAGGACCAUUCCUCCUCAGUGACAAUGGGAUCCAGAAGCUGAAGGCGAAUGCGGGCGUGGCUGUUGGGCCAGAGCUGAGUGCACCGGGGGAGGCUGCCCAGUCCCACAAGUCCUCCCUUGAGUUCCAGUUUGUUACCAUCCCACCACACAACUGGGAAGCCCUCCGAAAGAGGAAAGUGUUGAAUCAAAAGCUGUCAUUUCUGAAAGAACACCUGAGCUGAAGGGACAACCUGUAUGUGGUGACAGAGGCCGUGGAACUGACCAGCAGUACCACGCUGCGGGACAGAAGCUGUGUGAAAGUCGAGGGAAGCUGCCUUAUUCCUUGGAGUACUUGUGUCAAGAGUGAAGGAGAGGGAGAGGAUCUCAAAGUGAGAGGCAAGAUGCUGACUCUGCUGCAGGGCAUGGUGAUGGCCUAUAAGAGGAAGCAGCUGGUUUUCAAGGAGAACGGCUGGGACAUUCUUCUCAUGUCAGAUGAUGAUACGCAGAAAACCUUUCCAGAAGAUUUCAAGCACCUACAAGAGGAGGUUUCCCGGGAAGUGACGGCGCUGGCCCAGCUCUCCAAGGACAUUCAGGGUGCUGUUUUCCAUCAUCUCCUGGCCAAGCUCAAGGACCGAGGGGCUCUGCAGGACCUCGUGGACAUGCUGGAUCGACACUGUGAUCGCGUGGGCUUGGGUGACACCGUCCCAAGCGAGACGGGAGAGGACUCAAGUAAUAUAUGGCUCAAGUCAAGCUUCCAAAUCAUGUACCUCCUUGAAGCAAUCGCGGUGCUGAGUGACACUCAACAUGAGCUGCUGGCCCAGUCCAUGGAGAAGAGGAUCCUGCGCCAGCAGCGGGAGCUGGUGAGGAGCAUCCUGGAGCCCAACUUCAGGUACCCUGAGAGCAUUGCCUUCACCCUGAAGCCCGAGCUCCUCACCCCGCUGCAGGGUGAGGGGGUGGCCAUCACCUUCGGCCUGCUGGAGGGGUGUGGCCUGAUGAUGGAGCCCAGCAGCCACAGGAGUGAGGAUUUGGUCCUCACCCAGAGCCUGGUGGAGCGCUGA